AUGAUUUCCUUGUCAUUGAUUCUACCGCUUACGCUGUUUUCCCAUUGAAUCGGCCGCUACAUGGCGGUUUUCUUGCCUAUUUUGUUGAAUUAUAAGUAAAAACGGAAAUACAUUAGUUUCCUCCUUAAUUCGGCAGCUGUUGGAGCUGGCAGGGUGAGGAGGGAUGGCACUGCGGUGGACACUGUCGGUGUGUGUGUCCUCGGUGGUAUAUUAAGGUUUUAAUUAGCCGAUAAGAUGGCUAUGGUUCACAUUUAAGACUGUUGUCGUGGGACUGUGACUGUACCGCCCCGAUAUGGAAAAGCACCCCUGGUUUGAAGACCUCUGAUUCUAUCGGCUCCUCAGCCAGCCAGGUGACAGUCAGCUAACAUCCAGGCUUACUGGGGAAGUCGAGAGCACACUGAAGCAACAAGAAGAGCCUCCAAUUGCGCUGCUUCCCGAUCACCAUGUCUUUACCCAGCAGCAGCCCAGACCGAGAGGGCUCCAGCGGGGUUCCUUCACACUUGGAGUGCCCCUCCUCUCCUCCCGGUUUGGAUCCAGAUCCACUGUCGACUGGCAGCCCAGUCCUCAGCCCAGACUCAUCUUCCCAUGAUGCAGUGCUGUCAGCUCCAGCAAUGUCACCGGCAGACUCGGAGAACCUCAGUCCAGAUGAACUGGAGCUGCUAGCCAAACUGGAGGAGCAGAAUAGGUUACUGGAGGCUGACUCCAAGUCCAUGCGCUCCAUGACAGGCUCGCGGCGCAACAGCGGCUCUUCGCUGGUGUCGAGUUCCUCCGCCUCCUCCAAUCUGUCCCACUUGGAGGAGGACACCUGGAUCCUUUGGGGCCGCAUCGUCAACGAGUGGGAGGAAUGGAGACGCAAGAAGGACAAACUCCUCAAGGAGUUAAUUAGGAAGGGCAUUCCUCAUCACUUCCGUGCCAUUGUGUGGCAGCUGCUGGGCAACGCCACGGACAUGCCGGUGAAAAAUCAGUAUUCAGAACUGCUGAAGAUGUCGUCCCCUUGCGAGAAGCUCAUCCGUAGAGACAUUGCACGCACCUACCCUGAGCACGAGUUCUUCAAAGGUCAGGAUAGCUUAGGCCAGGAGGUCCUCUUCAACGUCAUGAAGGCGUACUCCCUUGUGGAUCGAGAGGUGGGCUACUGCCAAGGCAGUGCAUUCAUUGUUGGUCUGCUACUUAUGCAGAUGCCUGAAGAGGAGGCGUUUUGCGUCUUUGUGCGUCUGAUGCAGGAAUACCGUCUUAGAGAGCUCUUCAAGCCCAGCAUGGCCGAACUGGGCCUCUGCAUCUACCAGUUUGAGUAUCUGCUGCAGGAGCAACUUCCAGAGCUUAACGUCCAUUUCCGGUCCCAGAGUUUUCAUACAUCCAUGUAUGCAUCAUCCUGGUUCCUCACCUUGUUCCUCACCUUCCUCCCUCUGCCUGUUGCCACACGUAUAUUUGAUAUUUUUAUGUAUGAGGGCUUGGAGAUCAUCUUCCGUGUGGGCAUGGCCAUCCUGCAGUACAACCAGACAGAUCUCAUUCAGCUGGACAUGGAGGGCAUGUCGCAACAUUUCCAGAAGGUGAUCCCCCACCAGUUUGACAGCUGCCCAGACAAGCUGAUCCUCAGGGCCUACCAGAUCAAAUACAACCCCAAGAGAAUGAAAAAGCUUGAGAAAGAAUAUACCACCAUCAAGAACAAAGAAAUGGAAGAACAAAUUGAGAUCAAGAGGUUACGCACAGAAAACCGGCUGCUGAAACAGCGGAUUGAGACCUUAGAGAAGGAGAGUGCUGCUCUGGCAGAUAGACUCAUACAGGGUCAGGUCACCAGGGCGCAGGAAGCGGAGGAGAACUACGUGAUCAAGCGUGAGCUGGCAGUGGUGAGGCAGCAGUGCAACACAGCCAGCGAGAGCCUGGAGAAGGCGCAGGACACCAUCAGAGAGCUGCAGCAACAAAAGUACACGGAGCAGUUUGUGAGCGGUCUGCAGACGCAACUGGAGCAGUCCAAGCUGCGUGAGGCGGAGUUGCUGGGAGCGCUGAAAGAAAUGCAAGACAAGGUGCUCGAUCUGGAGAAGAGGAGCAGCUGUUUACCUGAUGAAGACAACAUGGCAGCUCUGCAGGAGGAGGUGAAGCAGAUGAAACUGAGGGAGCUGGAGACGCUGCGCUCAUUCAGAGAGAUGCAGGACUCUGUCACUGAGCUCAAUCAACGCUGGCAGCAUCACAUGUCCCGUAGCGGCAGCACUGGUGGUGGCGGCAGCCACUGGAAGGAAUCGCCAAAGAAGAACGCAAUGAAUGAGCUGCAAGACAAAUUGAUGACCGUCCGACUGAGGGAGGCACAAGCCCAGGCUGAGCUUCGAGAGGUCAAACUGAAAGCUGUUCAGCUGGAGAGCCAGAAUCAAAUCCACAACAAACAGAUUGGUCGGCAUGAGCAGGAGCGUUCCGCCCUCCAGGAUCGGCUCCAGAUGCUGUCCAAUCAGAAUAAAGCUGUUCAAGCCCAGCUCAACGAGAUGAAACGGAAGCAGGCAGAGUGGGAUUGCAAGAGUAAAGAGGAGGUGAUGGCGGUGCGCCUGAGGGAAGCAGACAGCAUGGCUGCCAUGGCUGAGCUCAGGCAGAAGAUAGCAGAGCUUGAGAUACAGAAGGAAGAAGGGCUGAUCCAAGGCCAGCUGAACCACUCUGACUCCAGACAGUAUAUCAACCGGCUCAGGGACCAGAUCACUGAGCUCAAAAAUGAGAUCAGGCAGUUGCGAGGGCAGAAGGCAGGUGCACCGAGCUCCAGGCUCACUACAGGAGGCGCCAACUACCAAGAUCUCUGCCUGGCCAGCCCCGCCUCCGCAGAAGGGGACUACCUAAGCUCAGACGACGACUUCCUCCACAGCCCGCUCCCUGCUAAUGCCCUUUACCCGGCCAUACCAGGCCCGUGUCACUCGGCUGCCCGCCUGGACAGUGAAGGUAGCACAGACAGCGAGGCAGAGGAGCGAAUACCACCCGACCCCCAGCAGCUGUACGGCAACAUGGUAUGCGCCAAGGCGAUGGAGAAUUGAGGCCUGGAGGAGGAGGAGCUCACUGACACUGACAGACCUGCUCCUUUAGCACCUCAGAAACUGUCCUAUAUAGUACAUAUCUAACCCAAGACACAAAGUGGGCUGAAACUGGACAUUCAAGACUUGCUGCUGAAGAUGGACCACUUGUCCUAAAUCUCCUGACCAAGGCAAACAAAAAAAAUACAGCCCUUCUAUAACUCUUGUUCCUGAUUGGGAUCCACUAUCGGACAUAUUCAUUUCCUGUCAUGAGAAAAACACACAUCUGUCCUCCCUGCCUUCACCCCUAAAGGUCUAUCAGCCAUCCACGGGGCCCUCACAUCCUAAUUGGAAGAGGCCGGGGGGGUAGAAGAACACGUCCAGCGGAAUAUCACCAAAUACAUCUUGUCCUCAUGACCAUUUCAACAUGCUUCACAACACACACGGAGCGUUCAAAGUGCAAACAUAUUCAAAAAAAAAAAAAAAAGUUGCCAAAUCUUUUUUUGUUUGUGUUUUAAAGUAAUUUAUAUGUUAUGUAAUUUAUUUUGAUAUGUUUUUUUUGUUUGUUUGUUUUUUAUAUCGGUGUGAAACUUCCCUCCCAACCCCACCUCGUGUGCCAACCCAGAGCCACCGUAACAGCCGCCUGUUUACUGUGACGCUCGGAAAGACACUAAACGUGCUGCUAUGGUUUAUCUCUACACUCAUUUGCAUACUGAGAUGUCACUAAUUACUUUGUGUGGCGUCCGUCACCUUGUGUGUGUUUGUGUGGGAGUGUGUGUGUUUUGUGUGAAUGGAAAGUUUUGACAUUUUAUAAAAUAUGUUCCAGACCUCCCCAUCCACUAAUGAUAAUAAUAAUAAUAAUAACUGAAAUCCAAACACCCUGAAGUGCAAGAACUUUGCUAGAUGAUGGGUGAUAAAUACAUAAACAAUUCAGUGUUAUGUUUUAAAGUGUCUAUUCAUUACUUGGCUGCAACCAGCAAUGGUGCCGUUGAUUCAGUCCUAACUAGCUUGCUGUCUAAAGAAGGAGCAUCCAGAAAUCCGUUUUCUAUACUGCUUGUAAUGGUUGAGCUCGAGCCUAUCCCAGCUGUCUUCGGAGAAAGGCGGGGUACAGCCUGGACUGGUCGCCAGCCAAUCGCAGGGCACGUAUAGACAACCAUUGACGCUCUAUUCACACCUAUGGACAACUUAACCUAACCUGCAUAUUCUUAGGAUGUGGGAGGUAGCUGUGAAACCCCACGCACGCACGGGGAGAACAGUGCGGCUGAAAGAACAUGUGUAAACUAACUCUUCUACUACUCCUGAACCACUGCAAACGAAAUGGUGAAGAUUUGGCAAAACAUGCACUCCUAAUGUGUUGCCUGUGCUAUUAUUUUUCGGACCAACACACCACAUGGUGGCGCUGUUAUUCAACCCCAAAGUUUGGGCUUAUAAAUCAGAUUGAUUUGAAAUUUGUCACACAGCUCAAAUGCACGUUACAAAACACCCAUCACAACCUUAGGAUGAUCUCAAACCAUCACAAAAUUCUAAACGUAUCUUUAGGGGACAGACUGGCACAUCUUCAGCAAUACAUGGUGGAAAAACAUCAAGCAAAACAUUCAUGCAGGGGCACGGACGAGACUUUGCAGCUAAUCGUCCGUAAGUCUUUGACCGUUUGUAUAAUGAUUAUAAAACUUGGAGGAGAUCUGCAUUACAGUACAUGCAAGCUAGCAUGUCUUCCAAAGCAUUCUGACAACAACCCAGAGGGGGGCAUCACAAAUCAUUUAUAGCAGACCUUUGGGCACCAUUCUGCUAUGGACUGCACUGAAGCAGGAGUUCAGAACAUUCCCACACAAAUUCUCCCGCCAUUUAAUUGAGCGCCAAUCAUCAGAUGCCUAUCCCUAAGCAUCUCGCAGAAAUGCGCACAUUUUUGUAAACGUCUAAAAAGAUUUUGUCCCUUUAUAGCUGAGGAGGUAACAAUCUGUGCUGUUUGUACCCAAGCUGUUGGAAAGUGUCAUUUACUUCUGUGGUAAAGAAAGUUGAACCAUUUAUUGGAUACUCGUGCAUCAUAUUAUAUAAUAAUUAUCGCUUUGUCAUCUUUUUCAACUUAGUUACCAAAUACGGUUCCUCGGACAGACAGCAGUUAGCAUACAGAAACUUAGUUUGAUCAUUUUACUCAGCACCAUGUCAGUAAAGUUAGCACAAUAGUUAACACAUCAUGAAAUCUUACAGUUGUAGUAGUGGUGAUAGCAAUCCGAAUUCCAAGACAUUGCAGCAUUAACAUGAUUUUAGCAGUCAGCGCUAACUGGCGUCACGUGGACUCGGGUAAGCUAAAAGCUAAGCUAACAGGCUACUUCUUUAACUUAAUGACGGCAAGCAAACAUAUUUCGCCUUAAAUGUCAAGCUGUCUUUUAUUUUUUUGUGAGUCCUCUGAGUGUAUAAAUCCAUGUUUCAGCUCGCUGAAACGGAUUCAUAUGGUAACGAUGCUAACAGUAGCAGCAGUCUAGGUGACAUAUUUGAUAAUAUUGUCAAACAAUAUUACUUUGGAGGUUGUCAAGUGUGUGGUGAUUGAUGAAAUAUCACAAGAUUUCAAGGGAAACCUCUGUUUCAACACUGAAGAAAGCUAGGGUGUUAUAUGUUCUACUUUUUGCACUACAGAGAGAAACUUGCUAACGGAACGGAGUGAAGUUGCCAGAUAUUGAUGUACUACUCUACUUUAUCAUGGGAAAUUGUUUCCCCUUUCUACAUUAUUAUCCACCGUCUUUCAAAAAAAAAAAGCAAAUAAUGAAAUUGAACACCUUCACAAGAGUUCAAGAGGAUGUUGUAUUGCCAAGCGCAUUGUUGCAAAUAACAGCCUUUUAGCGGUGAUUGCUGGAUGUCACAACUCUGCACUAGAAUCAGUUUUGACAUGUUGCAAUGAAGUUUCACUCAAGUUCCUUCUGUUUCUCAUGCUAACUAGACUGUAGAGACUGUGAUUUUGGUUGAAUGCAUGAAUACCGAGAAAUCUGAGCAUCCUCGAACUUAAUGCUGAUACCAGCAUGUAAUAUCUCUUCCGUUUGAACUCGAAGAUAAAAAUGUUUUACCUGGUUUUGGGGCAAGCAAGCUAUUACGAUAAUUUUUCUCAGUUCAAACACCUAUUGGUUCUGAAAUAUCAAACUUGUUCUGCAAGAAGAUCAUGUCAUGGUAUUAACUUACUAACAGCAAAGCAUUCCAGACAACCGGGGAAGUCCGACAUUUCCUACUCGGAAAAUGUGCAUGGGGUUGCAACAACGGUGGUGCCCUUCUAUGAAUGCAAAAUGUCAAUUUUAAAGGUUAUAUGAACUACAUUUAUCUAUUUGUUUGUUACAUAGCGAGACCUCGGUUAGCAUCAUUAAUCCGUUCCGAGUCUAACAGAAUACAUUUUAAGAAAUAAUGCAAAUCCAAUUAAUCCAUUCCAGACAAAAACGUGUUUUGAUAGUUUUACAUGCAGAAAACAAUUCAAAAUGCAUAUAAAUAAUGAAUGGAAGGGAUUAAUGAACAUUUACCAAUACUUUUACCUUGAUUGAAGACUUUACUGUUGACAAAGUCGGCUAUGAGGCAGCAGAAUCCACACCGACACCAUUUUUUGUGUUUUGCUGUGAGUUAUUUGUUGAAUUCAGUAAUCUUUCUCACCUUGUCGCUUCACUCAAUACUUCCUUUGCCUCCAUUGUGGGUUAUUUUGCAGUCCUGAUCGAUAAGAGAAGCAGAGACUUGUGGCGCACCUGUGUUAGUUAGCAGAGAACCACAGAGUCAACUGCUGAUAACGUCAUAGACGGGCAACAGAGCUUGGGGGACAAAGACUUUUCGGUUUCUAUGCUAACAUGGACGUUUUGCGAUCAUGUUAUUAGUUGGACUCGCACAGUGUAUUAAUAACACGACAAUAUGCAUGCUAUAUCGUGUGCCAACUGGGAAAUCUACGCGAACCGAGGCAAAAUCUUUUCAACGUAAACCGGAAAGUAUGCUAACUGGGGUGUACGCUAACAGAGGUUCCGCUGUACUAGAUAUCAGCAUUUUACACAAUUGAUUCUACAUGGAAAAUAGUGUGAAGAUAUGCCUCUAUGUCUUUUUUGCAUUCAAUAAUUUACCAUUGCGUGCGUCAUAGAAAAAUCUCGAUCUGUAUAACAUACAGCCAUGGGAAAAAAUUAUUAGACCACCUUGUUUCGUCACUUGUUUGUUCAUUUUAAUACCUGGUACAACUAAAGAUACAUUUGUUUGGACAAAUAUAAUAAUGACACCAAAAAUAGCUCAUAGAGUUACAUUUUUUGGCAGUACAAUACCAUAGCUAUUGACGUGAGAACCUAAGUGAUUUUGGUGAUCGGAAAGAAAACCAUGGAAAUGGCUGGAUAUCUGGCUCUUAAAUGAAAGCUGUGUUGCGUAUUAGGCUGUGUUGACGGCUUGAAAGCUGUCGAUGCGGUAUGGUUCAAAUGUAAAAAAGAAAAAUGUAAUUCCUGUAUUGAUAUUUUAAUUUGGAUGCACACCAACAUUUAAUGGGUUAUUGCUUGGCACAUAUGCCACCCCUCCCCAAAGUUUCAUGAAAAUUGGUUUUGUUUAGUUUGUUUUUUAAAUGAGGGUUGAAAAAAAGGAAUUUCAACUGGAAAAGAUGUCUACGAUCUUUCCGCAUCGUUGGCUAUAAUGUACAACGUUCUUUUUCAGCACAUUAGCCAUGUUUUUUUUUUGUUUUGUUUGCUUUUGAUUACAACGCUUUGAGGUCGAACUUUGGAAGUGGGAUAUUUCCUACUUCCCAGCAGUCUGGAAUGCAACAUUGUUUUGAUAUCCCCCUUUACCUGGAGGCUAUUUGCACCUGGCAUUGCUGUGAUCUGCUGUGAUGUAUUCAUUUGUAUGGACAGUUGCACUCAAAUGGUGAACUCUUGUUGGAAAUUGCAUUUAUUUGCAAAGUCUAGUAUGAAUUUUGCAGGACUGUAGUUUGCAAUAAACCAACAAAAUCCAUUACAGCCUCAGUUACGGUAAUCAAUUGGCCAUUUAUUGAAAGGAACCUCUACAAUGGGGUUUAAAUGAUUUGAGUGCAACUGUACAUAGUGCUCAAUUUCUGCUCAUCAGUGUUUAGUAGUUAAAUGUAUUGACUACUUUCACUUCCAGGAAAGUGCAGUAUUUUGGUGACCUGGUAAAAAAACACAUACUGUACAGUAUUGUAAUCAGUGUGUGUUUAUCAUAUGCUCCACAAAGACUUGAGUGAGUCUGGGUUGCCUUGACAUUUAAGAGUUUUCCCACCAAUAAAUGCCAUUACAUGAAGCUCUAAAGUGACGGUGCUCUGACCUAAACACUAAUUACAACUACAGUACUGUGACAAAGCAUUUUGUACAUUACUUUGGGAGAUGCUUGCGUUAUCAUUUCAACCACUGCCAUCAACCCACACAGUGGAUGGUGAUCAUUGAACAUCAUUAAUGUGCCAUAAACAUAUCGUACGUACCUUCCUUUGUCCUCCCUUUUGUAGCAAGAAUUGUGCUGAUCAAGUCAAUUUAGCACGGACUCGGAUGUGACGGCACCCUUAACCAUGUGGUGUAAAAACCCUUCUUGCAUUUCAACUGAUGUACUUGUCAAAUACAUUUAAUACAACUAAAAGUUAUAUUAACUCUAUUAUGAUGGGAUGAUUAUUUUAAAAAUGGCAUCUAUUUCAGUGUUGUGUGUCCUAUGAAUGAUACAAAAUAAAACUUUGACAUUGCACCUUU